AUGCAAGAAAUCUUCUAUCAGCUUCCCUCAGCAUUCCCGCAGCUCCUGAGAUUUUAUGGAAAAGAAAGAAAGAUCACGAUCCUGGAAGCCAGUAACCGGGUCGGAGGACGCAUCUUGACCCACCGAGAAGGCGGCUGGUAUGCGGAGCUGGGAGCCAUGCGUCUGCCCACAGAGCACAGGAUCGUGCGCGAAUUCAUCCGCCAGUUCAAUCUUUUGCUGAGCACGUUCUACAGCAGCCACAACAACGCCUGGUAUCUGGUGAACAACGUCCGGGCCAGGCAUAUCGACGUGGAGAAAAAUCCCGACAUCUUGAACUACCCGGUGCGUCCGGAGGAGAAGGGCAAAUCCGCCAUCGAGCUUUAUAAUCAGACGCUGGACAGGGUGACCACAGACUGCAAAGUUUUGAAAGAGAAAUACGACUCCUUUUCCACCAAGGAAUAUUUGAUUAAAGAAGGCAACUUAAGUCGAGGAGCCGUUAACAUGAUCGGCGACCUGAUGGAUUUAGACGGCGGCUUUCACCUGUCUUUCCUUGACUCAGUCAUGGGCCAUGUGACGUUCCAGCAAGGGCUUGACGAGAUCGUGAAUGGCUUCGAUCAACUCCCAGAAGCGUUCUAUCGGUAUAUCGAUCCAAAGGCAGACAUCCGAUUCCAGGCCCCGGUGGUGAACAUAACACAAGACGGCAAAGAAGUGAAGGUGUUCUACCACAAUCCAAGUACCUCUGUGCCCACGUUGAAGACGGCCGACUACGUCCUGGUGGCCACCGCGGCCAAAGCCAUCCGGCUCAUUAAGUUCUCCCCGCCUCUGUCACCCAACAAGACCCGGGCCCUGCGCUCCCUCCACUUCUCGAAGGACGUGAAGAUUUUUCUGGCCUGCCGGGAGCGUUUCUGGGAGGAGAAGGACGAGAUCUUCGGCGGGAAGUCGGUCACGGACCACCCGGCCCGAAACAUCUACUACCCCAGCCACAAUUUCUCCAACGGGGUGGGGGUGGUGCUGGCGUCCUACACAGGGGAUGACGACGCAGACUUCUUCAACUCCCUCAGCGAGGAGAAGAGCGUGGACCUGGUGCGCGAGGACCUGGCCAAGAUCCACAAUCUCAACAAGAGCUACGUCCAGACGGUCUGCGACAAACACGUGGUCAAGAAAUGGGGCGAGGACGAGUAUUCCAUGGGCGCCUACGUCUCCUUGACCCCCUACCAGUUCACCGACUUCGCCGCGGCGCUGUACCAGAACGAAGGGAGGGUCUACUUCGCCGGGGAGUACACCGCCCAGCCGCACGGCUGGAUCGACACAGCCAUGAAAGGCAGCAUCCGGGCAGCCAGAGACAUCCACGAGGCCAUGGGCGCGACCCACGGCUGGCCCCGGGGCGAGAGGAAGGGAAAUUAAGUGCUGUAACGGGGAGGAGGGAAGGGGAGACCGAGCAGGGAAUUAAAAACCGUGCUGCUGAUCCUCGAGCGACAUUGUUCUGAUUACUGGCGAGUAGCCACGUGGCGCCUUAGAGACUGACAGA